UAGUGUUGGUGUGCUGGCUGGAGGAAGCAAGUGUUUCCUUCGGGCUCGCUGUCGCUGUUACGCUUAGUAGCAACGGUCUGCCCAUACAGUAACGUUAUAUCUGUUAAGUUAGGCGUCCUGACUAUCAUGUGUUUAAUUCUCCUGCUCAAUGAUCCAGUUUCUGCAUGUUAAUGCGGCAAAACGAGCGUGCGAGGUGAACGUAACCUCGUCUGAAAAAAAAAAAAAAAAAAAAAAACAUAAUUGGAACAAGAAAUUUACGAUGCCAUCCCCGAUGGAGGGAUCUUCCAGAGAAGGUGACCUCUUUACUGUGAAACAUGAGCUUAAAAAUGCCAACCUGACGGGCCAUGUAGAGAGGGUGGGCAUUGAAAACUUUGAGCUAUUAAAGGUGCUGGGCACAGGAGCAUACGGCAAGGUGUUCCUGGUGAGGAAAGUGAGUGGUCAUGAUGCGGGAAAGCUGUAUGCCAUGAAGGUUCUGAAAAAGGCCACUAUUGUACAAAAGGCAAAGACUGCUGAACACACACGGACGGAGCGGCAAGUGCUGGAGCACAUCCGCCAGUCUCCAUUCCUCGUAACACUUCACUACGCUUUCCAGACGGAUACCAAACUGCACCUCAUUCUCGAUUAUGUAAAUGGUGGGGAGCUCUUCACACAUUUGGUGCAAAGGGUGCGAUUUAAGGAGCAAGAAGUAGCCUUGUACAGUGGAGAGAUUGUGUUGGCACUAGAACAUCUACACAAGCUUGGGAUCGUCUACCGGGACCUGAAACUUGAGAAUAUUCUUCUGGAUUCAAGUGGUCAUAUAGUUCUCACAGACUUUGGCCUCAGUAAAGAAUUUGAUCAGAUGGAAAGGGCAUUUUCUGUUUGUGGCACCAUUGAAUAUAUGGCUCCAGAAAUUGUGGAAGGCGGAGAGUCUGGACAUGACAAGGCAGUGGACUGGUGGAGCCUUGGCGUGCUGAUGUACGAGCUUCUGACUGGCGGAUCACCCUUCACCGUUGAUGGAGAUGAGAACUCACACACAGACAUUGCCAAGAGGAUUUCAAAAAAGGACCCUCCUUUCCCCAAAGACAUGGGACCACUGGCCAAAGAUGUCAUCCAGCGACUCCUCAUCAAAGAUCCAAAGAAGAGAUUGGGUUCGGGGCCUAGUGGAGCAGAGAAUGUAAAAAAACAGCCGUUUUACCAGAAAAUUAACUGGGAGGACCUGGCAGCUAAGAAGGUUCCUGCCCCAUUUAAGCCAGUGAUUCGGGAUGAGCUGGAUGUCAGCAACUUUGCUGAAGAGUUCACAGAGAUGGACCCCACCUACUCUCCUGCAGCCCUUCCUCAGAACUGUGACCGCAUCUUCCAGGGCUACUCUUUCAUGGCCCCAUCCAUCCUGUUUAAGAGGAAUGUGGUGAUGGACGACCCUGUCCAGCUGUGUGGGGGCUCUGAGAGGCCAGGCUCUGCAGCGGUGGCCCGCAGCGCCAUGAUGAAGGACUCACCUUUCUAUAUGAGUUAUGAGAUGGACCUGAGGGACAGUGUUCUGGGAGAGGGAAGCUUCUCCAUCUGCAGACGCUGCACACACAAGAAGACUGGACAGAAAUACGCAGUCAAGAUUGUCAGCAAGAGGAUGGAGGCACAGACUCAGCGGGAAAUAGCUGCUCUGAAGCUCUGCGAUGGCCACCCUAACAUUGUCAAGUUACAUGAAAUUUACCACGACCAGCUCCACACAUAUCUGGUCCUGGAGCUGCUCGGUGGAGGGGAGCUGCUGGAGAGGAUCCGUAGAAAGCAACAUUUCAGUGAAACAGAGGCCAGCCGCAUCAUGCGAAAACUGGUGUCAGCUGUCAGUCAUAUGCACGACGUAGGAGUGGUGCACAGGGACCUUAAACCGGAGAACCUGCUCUUCACAGACGAGAGUGAGAACUCCGAGAUAAAAAUCAUAGACUUUGGCUUUGCUCGCCUCAAACCACCAGACAAUCAGCUCCUGAAGACUCCGUGCUUCACGCUGCAGUACGCAGCGCCAGAGAUACUCAAAUAUGACGGCUACGAUGAGUCCUGUGACCUGUGGAGUCUGGGGGUCAUUCUGUACACCAUGCUGUCUGGCCAGGUGCCUUUUCAGUGUCAGGAGAAGAGCCUGACCCACACCAGUGCUGAGGAAAUCAUGAAGAAAAUCAAACAGGGGGACUUCUCGUUUGAAGGCGAAGCCUGGAGAAAUGUGUCCCAGCAGGCCAAGGACCUUAUACAAGAGCUGCUGACGGUGGACCCAAAUAAGAGGAUUAAGAUGUGCGGCCUACGUUACAAUGCCUGGCUCCAGGAUGACAGCCAGCUGUCCUCCAACCCACUCAUGACCCCAGACAUUCUUGGCUCCUCCACUGCCUCCGUCCACACCUACGUCAAAGCUACCUUUAAUGCAUUUAACAAAUGUAAGCGGGAAGGUUUCCGCCUGCAGACAGUGGACAAGGCACCACUAGCCAAGAGGAGGAAGAUGAAAAAGACAAGUACCAGCACAGAAACUCGCAGCAGUUCCAGCGAGAGCACCCACUCUUCGUCCUCCUCCUCCCAGUCUCAGGAGAAGACUUUUCCAGGGGGCGACACCAACCCGCAGCCCUGCAACAGCACACCCGUAAACACACCUGUGGCACUGGGAACGGACUCUGAGCACCAACCAGCGCAUCCAGCCUUUCACUUCUCAGAAGAACAGUGAAACAGCGAGACAACAAGGGAGAUUCAGUUAGCUUCAUGAACUGCAGGAUGGCUUGGACCAGUGUAGAGACAGCUCUCUUCUCUUUCUCUCUGUCCCUGGCAGCUCUCUGCCUCUGGCUCAAUUGCAUGGACGUCCGCACGUCUCCAAAAUCAAGCAUGCAGCAGGAGCAGCAACCGUCACCUCAAUAUCAAUCAACCAAUCAUCACUAGCAAUAGCCUAUCCCUUUUUUUUUUUUCUCUCUCUCCCACUUUCACACACAGACUGUAUCAAUCAGGGACUGGACCAGGAAGAAGUUGUCACCAGUGUCCAACAUGAAAAGGGCUGUCCUACUGCCCCAGGUCCAGACAGACAAUGGAGAGACAUCUUCAAACUCGUCACAGCUCCACCUGUCCGCUCUAUUUACCUGUCUUUGUCAAUGCCUCCAGAGGUUUUAAAGGGAAAGUCGUAGUGUUUACACCAUGGAUGCUUUGUAUUUUUUGUCAAAGAGAGAGAAGGAAUGCAACGUGCUGCAGCGUAAUGUAAUUUGGGUCCACUUCUCUUUUCUGGGAAGUCUCUGCAAGAUGGAGCAGGGUAUUUAUAUGUGAAUUUUACAGACUGAAAUUUAUUUAUGAUAAGCUAUAUUGUUAACUUAUUUAUGGUUCAGACUGAUCUGAAAAGAAAUAAUGGAUACAGUGAGUCUUUUAAAAAAAAAAAUUGUGUAUGUGUGUAUUUUUCCUUAUCAGCUCAAAAGACUGUUUCAAUGUUGUCUGAUGGUUGUUCAUACAUCUUUGUACUCAUCAUAGACAUCAAUGCUUCAAGUAGGAUACUGAGACACACUUAUGUAGAUAUUGUAACAUUAUGGGCUAGAAGAGAUUAAUACCAUUAGCUAUUGGUUAAUGGUUGAGAAGCAGUCAGAUUUAUGUUACCAAAGUCUUUUGGACUCAUAACAUUAUUUAUGGAGGCUUGUGGGAAUGAAAUGCAGCUUUGUCCAGUGGUCAAAAAAAAAAUCAAUUUCCUUGUUCAUAAGGAUUAAAAAAAGCAAAAGUGUAAACUUCUUUUUGUAGGAACAACCAAAUGUAGAUGUAGUAUGUUCAGCCAAAUCUGUGGUUUUAUUGUUGUUUAGGGAGUACUGCUGCCUGAGGGGAUGUGACCCCACAAGAAGAGCUAUAUUUAGACUUAUUUUUGCCUCUGAUGUGGGAGUAUGACUACUUAAAGUCUCAGCAUUACUGCUGUUCCACAUUGUCUGAUCCUCAAGUCGGUAUAUUUAUCCCAGCAGCGGAUUUGCCUUGUGUGGUAUAUAACUUAAUUGUCUCAUUCUCACUCAACCAAUUGGAUUGAGCAGAAUGCCCCUAAUGGAAAAUUCAGAUCAGCUUAGUGCUAAAUCCGUCCAGAAGUUUGUGGUCAAGUUUUCCAAGAUCCAAAAUGCCAAAGGGCAGCUUCAAGUGGCUUCCUUUUUCAGAUACAGUUCAUUUUAAAAUGGAAAGGGUUAUGUGCCAAAAAAAUUCAGUAAAAUCAGGUAAUGGACAGGUUUGAGUCUUUGAGUUAAGGGUUGUGAGACAUUAACACUAUUUUAAUGCAAUAUAGUAAAACAAAGUUGCCCCUUGUGCCACUGCCCUAAGUCAUCUACAACCUAAGCCUACUACAGCAAAUUAUUUAAAAACUUCAGUUCCAGAGGACAGACCUCAAACAAACACUCCUUUUACGUUUGACACCAUCCCUUGCUCUAUUUACCAUGUUGUACUGCAUGACUGAAAUGGUGAUCUUUGCACUGUGUGACAGCUCUCACUUUGAGGCGGAUAUCUGGUUAAUAUUAAGUCCCCAGUGCAUGAUUUAAACUGAAACACCAACCUCUUCUUUUUCUUUGUUUUUAUGGGCUUUUUUAUGGGCUUUUUUUUUUGGGUGGGGGGGGAGGGCAGAUUCUUACUUGAUUUAAUGUGAGUUUGUUUACUUGCACAUUUGAAUAUCCCUGAUUUAAUUUGGGACUUGGGAGUUUUGCUGUUAGAGGUGUGAUGGAUGUAAACACCAAACCCCUUUUACAAUAGCCUGAAUAUUGUAAUGCUCCAAUGUUACAAUACUGUGUUUAGCCAGGGUAGUUAGGCAAGUAAAAUGCCAUGCUCUGAAUUGUUUUUUGCAAGUAUGUGUUAGUCUGUUUCUAUGGUAAUAGUUGAAAUACUGUAUUCUGUUAAUAUGUACAGGGGUAUUUGUGUUCAGUAUGUGAAGCUGCCUAGAAACAGUUUCUCCUGCUUAAUCAGGAUAGAAAUUCUUAGUUGGACUACUGUGAGCGUUUAAAUACACUCCCUCAUCUUCUUCCAUUUUAAUGCACUCUGAAUCUGAACCAAAGCAUUAACUUCAAGGUAGCUGCUCUACGCUGCAUGAGAUAUUUUCUUUCAUGCAAAUAUGCAAAGAAAUGCUUCAUAUAUCACAGUUUCUGUAUGUUUUGUCCAAACUGGUGAAAUAUGUUAGAUGUUUCUAGUGCAGAUCAUUUUGUAACAGCGUACAGUGUUUUUCUUCAGAGAUCCUUUUAUAGGAUCUAUAUCCAUAUCCAGCACAUUAUCAUGCUUUUAAACUAUGCAUCUCUUUUUGCUGUUGUGUUGCUUUUACCAUUUCAAAAAGACUUAACCAAAUGGGUCCAAAUGUAAUGCUUAAAAGGACGUAUUACGAUUUACAUAUACUGUACUUUUACUCUGAUGGCAUCAGCCACAAUAGAAAUAGCAAUGUAGGAUCCAUUGGUGUAUGAAAAGCUGGAAUCCUUAGAGCUAAACACUACAAAGCUCUUGUCUAACGUAGUUCGCAUGAGUUCCCCGUUGCUGCCUCAUUAAGCCUCUUUUCUUUUGUUUGGGUGUAUUAAUAGCUCAAGUGGAGGAAGAGGAAAAGUGUCCUAUAUUGAGCUCCCCUCUGGGAGCCAGGCUCUAUUAGCUGAUGUACUGCAGUGCUGUUUGUUCCAAAGAAAAUACCAUACUCUACUCACUGCCUCUGUGGGACCCAGCUCACUUUUCUUUGUAGGGAAAAUAACUAUCCCAGGAAAGGGUUGCUUUAGUACCAACGUCUCUCGGGGCGGAUUUUGAAACUAGGUUCUCCCCCCCUUUUAUGAACAACUUGUUCAGUGUGCCACUAUGAGUGAGAGAGAGAGAGAGACAGAGAGAGGGAGGGAAAGAGAGAGGGAGGCCAGCUUUGAUUUGAUGUCCUGUUGUCUUUGAUACAUUUUUUUGUAGGUUCCCUGGUAUUUGAAUGAAAGUUCCUUUUCUGCCUA